AUGGAGCCCCACCUGCUCCGGCUGCUCCUCGGCCUCCUGCUCUGUGGCACCAGGGUCCUCGCCGGCUACCCAAUUUGGUGGUCUCUGGCACUGGGCCAGCAGUACACAUCCCUGGGCUCGCAGCCCCUACUCUGCGGCUCCAUCCCAGGCCUGGUCCCCAAGCAGCUGCGCUUCUGCCGCAAUUACAUCGAAAUCAUGCCCAGCGUGGCUGAGGGCGUGAAGCUGGGCAUCCAGGAGUGCCAGCACCAGUUCCGGGGCCGCCGCUGGAACUGCACCACCAUCGACGACAGCCUGGCCAUCUUUGGGCCCGUCCUCGACAAAGCCACCCGGGAAUCGGCCUUUGUGCACGCCAUCGCCUCAGCCGGUGUGGCCUUCGCCGUCACACGCUCCUGUGCGGAGGGCACCUCCACCAUCUGUGGCUGUGACUCGCAUCAUAAGGGGCCGCCUGGCGAGGGCUGGAAAUGGGGCGGCUGCAGCGAGGAUGCUGACUUCGGGGUGCUUGUGUCCCGAGAGUUCGCAGAUGCACGUGAGAACAGGCCAGACGCGCGCUCGGCCAUGAACAAGCACAACAACGAGGCUGGCCGCACGACCAUCCUGGACCACAUGCAUCUCAAGUGUAAGUGCCACGGGCUGUCGGGCAGCUGCGAGGUCAAGACCUGCUGGUGGGCCCAGCCCGACUUCCGCGCCAUUGGCGACUUCCUCAAGGACAAGUACGACAGCGCCUCGGAGAUGGUGGUGGAGAAGCACCGGGAGUCCCGCGGCUGGGUGGAGACCCUCCGCGCCAAGUACGCGCUCUUCAAGCCGCCCACUGAGAGGGACCUGGUCUACUACGAGAACUCGCCCAACUUUUGCGAGCCCAACCCCGAGACGGGCUCCUUCGGUACCAGGGACCGGACUUGCAAUGUCACCUCCCAUGGCAUCGACGGCUGUGACCUGCUCUGCUGCGGCCGCGGCCACAACACGAGGACGGAGAAGCGGAAGGAGAAAUGUCACUGCAUCUUCCACUGGUGCUGCUACGUGAGCUGCCAGGAGUGUAUCCGCAUCUAUGACGUGCACACCUGCAAGUAG